AUGGGUUUUCCGGUGGGUUACACAGAUCUCUUCCUCCCAAAACUCAUCCUCCAUAUCUUAAUCCUUCUAGUUUUCAUCCGUAGCCUCACUUCCUCCAUUCUCUUCUUUAUCGGCCUGGAAGAUCUACUUCAACCAAUAUCUGAAUCCAACACGCCUCAACCUCAACCUGAGCCGUCAACUCAAUUUCACUCGUUAUCCGCCGUCCUCCUCCGUGAACUCCUCCCCGUCGUCAAGUUCUCAGAGCUCGUAGACCCGCCGGAGAGCUGUGUAGUCUGUUUGUAUGAGUUUGAUGCCUACGACGAGAUCCGUGUGUUAAAUAACUGCAGACACGUAUUCCACCGGUGCUGUCUCGGCCGGUGGAUGGACCAUGAUCGGAAAACUUGCCCGCUUUGCCGGACGCCGUUUAUAUCUGAUGAUUUCCAGGAUUCGUUCAAUGAACGUUUAUGGGCUGCUUCUGGUAUCGCCGAUUACUAUGGCGAUUCAUCAAUGGCUGCUACUUUGUAG